GAGCCCGUCAGCAGCUGCCAUUUUGAACUCUCAAAGAACGUCAAGAAAAAGCAAAAAUGAAGUAGUAGUUUUUACUCUCUCACUACGUCUGUGUGCUCUUAGGAAUUAAUGAGGUUUAAAUCAACGGGUAAGCAGUUUUGAUGGGAAAGCGUUCCAAGGAACGUAAUUUACUGGCCAAUGCUGGCCGUAGACGGCCUGUACUUCAGAUCAACAGGGUGUCAAGAAGGGAAGUGUCUGAAGUAAUGCCCAAUUCAAGUGCCGACAUUGCAAUCAAUCCCAACAACAUAACUGGUAUUGGUUUACUUGGUGCGUAUGGAGGUCACAGUGAUGAUGACGAUGAUGAUAAUGACGACAAUGCUAAACAAGGUCAACAGACCGGGAAUACCAAGGAUGCAAUGGAAACACAACUUGCAGAUUUUUUCAUGGAAAUCCAGUCAAUGGAAACAGAAUGUAAUCCUUCAGAAACACAAGAUCAAGCUGAUACAAUAAAACAGACGGUCAAACCUACUGAUCAAGAACCAGCUGAUGAAGAACAUCAAAAACAAGAAGAUCCUAACUAUCCCUGGCAAGCAUGCCUAGAUGCUAAUAGUAAUUCCUAUUACUAUUGGAACAUGGAAACAAAUGAGGUACAGUGGGAACCACCACCAGGCUUCCAGUUUACUCAGUCAACUGAACCAGUAUCCUACACUGAUGAGCCAUGCCUAAAUGAAGAACACGGCAUGCUCUCAACAACGUCAAGUGUAUCUUACGAUGUAGGGCCAGCAGAACAAGAUGUUAAUGAAGAUGAUUAUGAAAAUGAAGAAGAAGAAGAUGAAGAAAACAAAAGUGUGCCAUUUUUGCUCGGUAGUAUGGUGAAAAAAGCAUCAAGUCAAACUGGAGAUACCUUGCCAAUACCAGAUGAGCAGGCAGACAGCAGUGCUGAUGAUGAUGAUGAUAAUGAUAAACCUGAUGAUGAUGAUGAUAAACAAUCACAUGAUGAAGACCUACCUGAUAACAUUGGUCAUCCACUACUGGUUAGUACUGAUACUCAACAAGAUAGUAGUCCUGUCAUCACAGAUCUUGGAAAGAAGAGAGAGAGUUGUGAACCAGCAGCAGACAAAUCACUGGUAAUGAAGAAACCAAAACUUUCUGAAAAUGAAGACUCUGUUGAUGACUUCGCUGAACAACUUCUGGAAGAUACAUAUGAUCAAGGACAGAAGGAGGUAACAAGUGAAGAUAACAUGGAGAUGUCAGAUGAAGAUGAAACUGAACAAACAACUGAUGAUAGACUGCUACCCCCUGAAGCAUUCCAGCACAUUGAUUCCCCACCACAAGAAAAAGAUAAACCUGUCUCUGCACCUCUCAUUGAUGAAAGAAAAGUUUCUUUAUACACUGAAUUAGAAGAAAAAGAAUUUAGAAGCAAGAUAAUAGAGAAGUCAGCACUACUGAACAACAAGUUGGAAUUUCUUAAUGUGUCCACAAAAGACAUUUCUACUUUGCAUGUUAUUUUCAUUGAGAUGGAGACCCGUAUCAAAGACUGGAGAGAAGGGGCACUAGACAGUCGUCACUUAGUAAGAAAGUUACAAGAAGCUGAUGAACAAAUCAAGAAAUAUGAAGAAUCUGCUGUCCCCCCUGGUUGGAGCUGCCACUGGGACAGAAAGCACAAACGUUAUUACUACACCAAUAAUGAUACGCAGCAGUCACAGUGGGAUUUCCCUGUAGAAGAACUAAAAGAAAAGGAACAGGAACCUGACCAGGCAACAGCAUCAUUAGUUUCCAUGGCAACCACCAUGCCGACAAAUGUCAUGCCUAUGACUUCUAUGCUGACGACUAUCAUGCCGACGACUAUGACUCAAGCAGCACUAAAUGUGACAGCACCUGUGGUCCCAACAUGGAACACUGCGGCAAGCCUCAUGGCAGUAAACAGUAGUGCUUUACAAGUGCCAAUGAUGCCAAUGGGUAUAACAUCAGUAUCUCAUGCAAAGGCUAUGCCUGUUAUAGGUCUACAACAUUAUUAUAACCCUCCAGCACCUGGGACUGAGAAUGGAGAAUCUGUGAUAUUCAACACAAGUACAGCAUGUGAAUCACCACCUCCUCCCCCUGCCCCACCUCCACCAGCACCUCCAGAAGAAAUACCACCCCCUCCCCCUGAAGACGAUGGCAUAGAUUCUUCUGAUAAUCAAAAUAUAACAUCAAUGACGUUAGCGUCACACUCAGUUCCACCCACCAAUAGUUCAGCAGUUUUUAUGGCUGCAGCUUCUAACAGCAUAGCAGGGCGAAGCCUUAUUGAUUACUCAGAUCUGGAGAUUCUGUCCAACAGCCCUGUUGUCCCCCAGGAACUAGCUGGCGCUUCUUAUCAGAGCGGUACAGCCUCUUCUGUCCCGUCAACACAACUAGCAAGUACUAAACCCCAAGGAAAGAAGAAAAAGAAAUUCAAGAAGGGGAAAAUGUUUGGCUCCACGUUAUCGUCCAAAGUCAGAAAAGUAUCGUCACUUGUCCAGAAAUGGCAGACUAUCGAACAACAACAAGUGGAACCAGAAUUACUGGACAGCAGUGAAGAAGAAGAUGAGGAUAGAGAAGAAAUGAAUAAAAGAAUGAUAGAAGAAUGGAAAGAAAGCCAAAUGCAAAGUGGUAAAGCUUCUCUGAACCCGAACUUCGAGGAAGUCAAAGGAGACUGGCGAGAACGCCUAAAAAUCAAAAAGUACGCAGGCAGCAGCAAUCCAACGUAGAUCAACAAAUAUAAAGAAUACUAGCUGGACGAACAGACAGGAUGUUCUUAGAUAAAUACCAUCCCCUGGUCUAGGGUCUUCAAUGCACUCCAACAUCAGGAUAAUGCUAUCUAGUGUAUAUACUACUAUGAUAAGUUUCAUAUCAUGUCAUCGCCGCCAUGUUGGUGGUACUUAACGGAAUAUUUCUCCUUUUCUUCCUUUGUCAAUAGCACCAACAUGGCCGCUUGGCUGUAAUUGGUUGCAAACCAUGCGUAGGUUCAGAAGUUUAGCUUGUGUUAUAUAUACCAAAAAUGAGUAACUCUUAUACCCCGAUUACCUACAAAACAUUUCCGUCAAGUUACAAGGUAAAUAACUCACAUUCUAUAUUUUAGAUGAGCGGAAAGAAUCAACGCUCCGGAAAAUAUAGUAUAAUUGCGAGGACUGUAAUAUUUCCCCGGCCAGGGCAUUGGAUUUUGAUGAGUAAAUGAGCUUUUAGAGCAACUGGUUAUUCAAUAUUACGGUGCAAAGGACGUAGCUUUCAUCUUGCAUUACUAUCGACUUGUAUUACAAAUUACGGUCAAUGUUUUGAACAUUGUAGCCUAUAGAAACUCACUUUACCCAGAACCCACGUAAGCUUUGGACGCCGCCAAGGAAGGCUUUUAGGCAAAUACAGGAAAAAACUAUUUUCAAAAGAUGACAGUUGUAUUUGACCAGAGUCUUUUUUGUCGGUUAAUAAAAAGAGCUUGGGGUCUGGAAACGGGAAUGGGCUGUGCUCCGUUCCAAACUUUAAAUACUAUAGGAAAUUUAUUUUAAAUAGGAAAAGAAUAGUUUUUAUAUUUAACAAGCUUUUUGCCAAUUAUGGCAUUCUAAGCACGUUUAGUUUUAUUGCCGGGUUUCUUGGUUGUAUCGGGGUGCUGGUCUGAUAAAGAAGUCUGAUCAGCUAGCUGUCACGUGACCAUUUGUCGUCUGUAGGUCUAGUUUUGUCACGUGUCAGUUGUAAACUCGACUGUAGAGUAAGAAUCAGCGUAAGAAUGUGAUUAUCCUGAGAAGUUGCUUAACUGUGUAAAUAGAUGGAUAAAUAAAGAUAAUUGUUUUAGAAAAAA